AUGUCGAUGCUCACAAAGAACAACUAUGACAAUUGGAGUAUCAAGAUGAAGUCGCUACUAAGAGCUCAAGAUGUGUGGGAUAUCGUUGAUAAAGGCUUCAAUGAGCAAGAUGAAGCCUUGCUAAGCCAAGGUGUAAAGGAGACAUUGAGGGAGUCAAGAAAGAGAGACAAGAAAGUUCUCUUCCUCAUUCAUCAAUCGGUGGAUGAAGAUACAUUUGAGAAGAUCUCCAACGCAACGACGGCCAUAGAAGCAUGGGACAAACUUCAAACUUGCAACAAAGGAGUGGAACAGGUGAAAAAGAUUCGUCUUCAAACUCUUAGAGGUGAUUUUGAACGUUUAUUUAUGGAAGAGUCCGAGUCAAUUUCUGAUUAUUUUUCUCGAGUAUUGGCCGUAAUCAAUCAACUUAAAAGAAAUGGUGAAGAUGUUGAUGAGGUAAAAGUCAUGGAGAAAAUACUUCGCACUUUAAAUCCAAGUUUUGACUUCAUUGUUACCAACAUUAAAGAAAACAAGGAUUUAAAGACCAUGACUAUUGAGCAACUCAUGGGUUCCUUAGAAGCAUACGAAGAAAAACAAAAGAGAAAAAUUAAACAAAAGGAGGCUAUGGAGCAACUACUACAACUCAACAUAAAGGAAGCAAAUUAUGCGAAUUACAAGAGUCAAAGAGGACGAGGUUGUGGCCAAGAUCGUGGGUGUGGACGAGGACAUGGAGGAGAAGGAAGAGGCAGUUACAACAACUACUUUAACAAUGGAGAAAGAAGUUGGAAUCCACAAGCAACAAGAGGUCGUGGAAGAGGAAAUUCAUGGUCGAGGUGUGACAAAUCACAAAUCAAGUGCUUCAACUGCAACAAGAUCGGUCAAUAUGCAUCUGAGUGUAGAUUCUCGAAGAAAGUUGUGGAGAAAGCUAACUUUGUAGAAGAAAAAGGCAGAGAAGAAGAAACUUUGUUGCUCGCGUGCCAAAACCAAGUUGAAGAGAAAAGAAACAAAUGGUACCUCGACACCAGCACAAGCAAUCACAUGUGUGGCGAUCGGAGCAUGUUCGUAGAUAUCAAUGAAGCGACAACUGGCAAUGUCUCAUUUGAAGAUGACUCAAAGAUACCGGUCAAAGGCAAAGGUAAAAUUCUUAUACGCUUAAAGAAUGGGAGUCAUCAAUUCAUAUCCAAUGUCUAUUAUGUUCCUAACAUGAAGAAUAAUAUUUUGAGCUUGGGACAAUUAUUAGAGAAAGGCUAUGACAUCCACUUGAAAGAACAUAGUAUUUUCUUAAGAGAUUGUAGGCAUAACUUGAUUGCUAAGAUGCCUAUGUCAAAUAAUAGAAUGUUCCUCUUGAACAUUCAAAAUGAUGUUGCAAAGUGUCUCAAGACUUGUUAUACCAACUCUUCAUGGCUAUGGCAUCUACGAUUCGGACAUCUCAACUUCGAUAGUCUAAAAUGUUUGUCAAAAAAGGAAAUGGUGAGAGGCUUGCUUAGUAUAAACCACCCAGACCAACUAUGUGAAGGAUGUCUAGUCGGGAAGCAAUUCCGGAAAAGAUUUCCAAAGGAAUAA